UCUCGGUUUAAUAGCCAACCCUCUCGUAACAACAAUAUCACACGUGCGAUUUAGAAUCGUUUCCCCUCUUAUCACAAUAAUUUACGAAGUAUUAGCACACUCGAUUAUCGCGUUUAUCGAAUUUCAUCGGCAAUGUUUAGAUUGUUGAGAUAUUUUUUUAACGUUGUGAGUGGGUUAUGGUACGUGAUUGGUCGGUCCCUCAUCUCUCAAAGACACACGUACCAUUAUCACGUCGAAGCGGUUAGGUCGCCAACAAAAUACCGAGGGCGAUUUUGCAGAAAACCACAACCGUGCGCCGACAUCCAUCCAUCCACUCCCACUUGUUAAGUGACGUACACUGACGUCAUCGAUAGUUUACCUUGAGGCAUGACAUUGAGGAGCAUAGCUGCCAAUUCACGGUUACAAAAAACACCACUUGUUUGCGAAUUUUGGUUUUAUUUUGGCGCAUGCUAAUGAGACUGGAGGAGGCCCAUUGUUUUUGCUUUUUUUUUCUCGAGGCGACUGGGCUCUUUGACUAGGGGGAAUUUUUUGUGCUUGACAAAAUGGAGGAGCUGGGGUAUUGUGAAUGAUUACACAGGGUUUUUCCGACUGAUUAGAUCCUCGUGAUUGGAGGUUAUCACUGAUGGAAUUGUGAUUACUGUUUUCGUUUCUUUGCAAUCGGGUUUUUGAAGAAUACGUGGAACCUAGUGACAUCUGGAUCGUCUGGGGACAUAGUUUUUGUCACUAGGGGCUUUUUGUACCGCGUUGUCAAUAAACAUUGGGGAAUUCUGGAUAAUUGUAAACAUUGUGACAGAGUACCUCCAAAAACCGGAUCUUUACUGCUGAAGGUGAAUGGGUGAGGUUUUUCUGGGGGAGGGGGGGAUUUGUUUUUCGGUGGAUCGUGAUGGGAAUUGACAAAUGAAAAGUGGAGAGAAAAACAAUUGGAGUUUGGGGGAGACGUCAGUCAGAGGAAUAUUCGAGGAUCAAGGGUCAUCAGAGGGUAAUAAAUGUUGUGAAUAAAUUUCGUGUAGGUUGAAUGUAUUUUCUUUAAUGAACAUCUGAAGAUGGCUUGCUUGGAAACAACUCCUCAGAUGUACAGCAAGUGGUGGGAGAAGAAAAGCAUAAAAGACAAAAUUAAAAUAAAUAAUGUGAAUGCACAAAAUGACACGACAUUGAAUGUGGUCAGUGAUGGGCCCUCGGUGAAUUCUCCUGAACUUGAGGAAUUUAAGAAGAAAAUUCUGGCAUUGAAGAAUCUUCUGGAUCAUGACCCUCAUGCAGCUGAUUUCAAGUGGUCUCUAUUCGUUACUGCGUGCAAUACUUAUCGACACGACAGUUGUUUGAAGCCAUUCCCCCCAGCUUAUACUCAGAAUGAAUGCAAAGAUGUGGAGAAACUGAGAAAAGUUGUGGAAGGAAUUCCACCACUGGCAAUUGUGUAUCAACGAUUGGACGAUCCUAAACUGUAUGAGGACCACAAAGAAGCUAUUGAAUUGCUCUAUUGGGUCUUGAUAACCCUUCGCGAUCCCUAUCUUAAAUCCACCAAGAAAGAAAAUUACGAGACAAUACUGAGCAGAGUGCCAUCCGAAGUGAUGGUUGCAAGGCCAAAUUUAAUAUUCCAAGUGGCAACUCCAAAUCAAUCGUCCAAGGAGGAUCGCUGGAAAGCAUCGAUAAAAGGUCAUUCCACUUUUUACGCCUACCAUGGAAGUAGAUUGGAGAACUUUCAUUCCAUUAUUCAUUAUGGUAUUCAGCAACACAUGAGCCAGCCAGGGCUCUUUGGAGAUGGCAUUUACCUUUCCAGCGAACUUGGAGUCAGCUUGAGGUUCAGCCCUGUGGGGUACGGCUGGGGUGGAAGUAUGCUGGGGAGUGAAAUGAGUUGCAUUGCAUUAUGCGAAGUUGUUAAUCAUCCAGACGUGAAAAAAGGAGACACUAACGGUGAUACCCCCAAGGGCUUUGCCAUGUCCGUCAGGGAUAAAAUUCCGAAUAAGUAUUAUUUAGUUCAGAACAGUGAUUUGGUGAGAAUUCGGUAUCUCCUGGUCUACAGUCAAGACUUCUGUUCAUUCAAAAAGACUGAGAGCACUGGACUCGUCGGCUGGUUCAAACAGAACAAGUUCCUAACAUUUGUCCUUGGAUAUGUUGUGUUAUUAGUCUCAGUUGGAUUGAGUCAAAAUAGAAGUGUGGAAAAAUACUACAGAUUUUUCAUUCAAAAAGUUGGUCUCGACUAACUGAUGUAUUUAUCAUUUAGAUGAAUUUAUCGCCAACGAAAUUAGGCAGUUUUUUAAAUAUUUUAUUUUUACGAAUAUUUUCAUUACGAAUGUCUUAUACCGCGCGAGAAAAUUAUAUAAAACGGAUAAUGUACAUUUUUAUACAAAUGACCUUUGUGGAUUUAUUAGAAUUUACAAAUUCGUUAGCCACCGUUAGUGACGACCGAGGAUUAUGGGAAAAUUUUCCGUUACAAGGUAGUCAUCCUCGAAAACGACGAUCAGGUUCACUUCAAAUUCUGAAAUGAGAAAUUGUGUCCAUGAAUUUAUUUUUAUAUUGUUGAAUUUCAGGCACUUUUAUCAUUUCUCAAAAUGAUAAUAUUAAGUUUUCAAUCAUUAUCAUUGAAGUUUAGGUAAUUCACUGAUAUUUUAAUACCAAAAUCGUAACGUUUCAAGAAUUUUUAAUUUAAAUGUUCUACCAUUGAGUCUUACCAAUUUUGAAGUUACUGGUGCUCAACGUCGGACAGGUGAAUAAUCUCGGAAAUAUCAUGUAAAUAGGUACGGGUAAACCAAUGCAAACAUUCCCCUCGCCGAUCUGUAUAUUCUGGAUUUCGGUUGCUGUGAAUAAUAAAAAUGACCUCAUGUUUUCAAUA